GCUACAGUCAUUAUGAGGAAGUAGAUUUUCUUAAGAGUAUUGCAGUUGAGACUGUUUUCCUAGAACACCCUAGAACGUCUGUACACUAUCACACCAUGGAGACAUUGGUCCUAGUGUUGGGAUUUCUUUUUAUAGGGUUAUCGAUGGCUGAUCCUCCGGAAGGGCUCUACAUUGCACAAGAUUACACCACCGUCACGGGAUACACAACUACACCAGAGGAUGUACCGACUACAACCUACAGAGGGCAUAACCAACCACAAGUUAGCUCUGGACUUAUAGCCGGAGUGACUGUAGGCGUCGUUGCUCUAGUGGGCAUAGUUGUGGCUGUUGUCUGUGUCUACAUGUGGCGACGAAAGAAAACGUCAAGUGAUAAAACCACUGACACCGAGAGGACGCGUUACGUCAAUGGCCAGUUCCUAGACGAUGACCAGCGUGCACGGACCAAUCAGGACGUUCCUUAUAGAAACCAACCCAUCCCGCCUCCUCGCCCUUCCUCAGACGUCUACCUGGAGCCAGGAGUACCCGUAGACGAUCAUGAAUAUGUAUAUAUUGACAAUCGUAAUAACAUUCCUCCUGUAAACAGCAUUUCAGUAAGGCCGACUCUACCGACGUCCAAUGAUAAUUCAGGUUACGUUAACCAGUCACUAAACCACAGUUAUGUCAAUGCAUCGGCGACUGGCGUUGGUCGAGAGUCGUUAGUGUAUGAUGACGUCCUGGUUCCCAGGCGGAACAGGAAUGACGGGGGUGGGCAGUUUGUGAAUGUAGGGUACAGGCACGAUCAGGACGGGGCUUACGUUAACGUGACAACACCUCCGCGUAGAAUCCUCGCCAUAGUUUUCGGAGUUCUUCUGGCAGGAUUAUCGGUAGCUGAUCCGCCGGAGGGGCUCUACAUCGCGCAAGGAGUAAACUAUGUCGGCUGUUUUGAACAUGGCCAAGCACACCAUGAACAAGUGCUCAACGUCCAAAUCAGUCCAGACUGCAGUUUUAGGCACCCCGAAUCGUGUUUAACACCUCCCACAUGUAUCGAUUCGUGCCGAAACACCAGCACGAGCUAUGUGUACAUCGGUCUGAAGUACCCAGGCCAGUGCUUCUGUGACUCCGUGUUACGUGGAGUCAAUCAGACGGACUCCGUUGAUGGGACUCACUGCGACGGACGGUGCUAUGGUGACUCACUACUUGCCUGCGGUGCUGGACAUAACAUGCUUGUCUAUCAAUGGACUACAAAUUCUGAGGGCCACAGUACUAAAGGUGAUGCCGUAACUACAUCUAACAAGACAGAUGAAAUGCCACCAAGUAAGACAGCAAUCAUAGCUGGAGCGGCCGCUGGUGGGGCUGCCGUGCUGAUUGUUGCUGGGUCUGUGGUUGGUGUGUGCAUCUGGCGGAAGAAAUCUGGACGGAGACAAACUGACAAACCAAGCAGUUCCCUCGCACUGCAAGAUGUCCCCACCGCUCACCCACCGCCUGGCCCCAACACUAACACCACCGCUCCACCGAACCCCUCCAACAUAGACGCCCUGUACGCCAAACCUGACAAGAAAAGGAAACAGAAGAAGUUCAGCCCAGAUGACCCCUCGUACCAGGACGUCGUCCCCACUGGUGUACAGUAUGCCACGGUCAACGACGACUACCCUCCCAACACCAUGGUUCAACAGGAUUCAAAUCCUUAUGACUCUAUUCAAACUGAUCCUCAGUACGCUGUUGUGAAGAGAGGCCCGAGACAUCGGCCUAAUGUGGAUGUUAAUCCGAUUUACAUGGGUGGUAGUGACGAGGCAAAGGAUUCAUUAAAUCAAGAAAAUGCUGACAUGCUUGGUAUGGUCGACAACAUAAUCUAUGAAUCCCUCAUCGCCGGCUCAGCAGGGGGAGGAGCCGCCUUUCUUCUGAUCAUCUGUGGUGUUGUUGCUUUCUGUAUUAUCCGCAAAAGAUCGACUCUGCGAAAGGAAAACAACCCCACGGCAUCGAUCAUGCUGGAUGGAGUAGGGGCAAGCACAGACUCGGCAUUGGGUGGGAGAAAUCCGUCAUUUCAGUCUAACAGUGUCAACGUAGACGCUCUGUACGCAAAGCCUGACAAGAAAAAGAAGACCCAACAGCAGCCACCAUCCACCCCCACCCCUGAGGACCCGUCCUACCAAGACGUCCUACCGAGCGGUGCCCAGCAUCAGUACGCCACUGUUCAGGACGACCCUCAUCCCUACACCGCGGCCAGGGACGAGCCCAAUCUGUAUGACUCUAUCCAAGAUGACCCUCAAUACGCCACCGUUCAGGGCCGCAAACAGGCGCCUAAUGUGGAAGCAAACCCUCUGUACGGGAGAGGUAGUGUUGACAACACAGCUUAUGAUUCAGUGGGCCCUCCGUCAAAUGACAGCGACAGGGCUCCUAAGUGCGUCGGUCCUCCUCCUGUGUACAACAAAAGCACAUAUGAUAAGUGUGUCGGGAAUCAGGCGAUAGGCAGCUGUAACUGCACAGCACCGGCUCAAACCUGUCAUCAUGGUGACCAGCUGUACUACACGUGUGACCACGGCUCUGGUUUGGACUUCAUUAUCAUCUGCAACUAUGAAGAUGUGUUGGGAGAACGCCUUGGAUUUAUCAUCUGGCGAAAUUCGAGUGACAAAUUUGAGGCCUGCACGGGGUCCCCGGCACCGGUGCAGUCAACACCAGCUCCACAGCCAACCUUCCCUCCUUCUAACUGCUCCUCGUUCAAUGUCGCAACCUGGCCACCAGAAGGCUGUAUCCGACUUGUAGGAAGUGAGAGGAAGCCCCACGAGACGACAGGUAUCCUGCAGGUGUACUUCAACACUACCUGGGGGAGCGUGUGUGAGACAGGCAUCUGGACUGACUCAGUCGUGGUCGGCAUUGCCUGCAGGAUGCUCGGAUUUAGCCACGGGUCCUUGGCACCUCCAGCGGCAAUAUAUCAUCUCCCGCCUGGCCUCUCCAACGACGCCUGGGAGGUCAACAUACAGAAAGGCCAUAGUUGCUCAUCUGGUACGGAGGGCACUCUGUGGGAUUGUGACCGGACAGAGCCUUGCUGGUUAACACACUUCAUCGGAGGAAGUGGAGAAUGCCCUAACCUGCUUAAAAUCUCAUGCGAAGUGAACACGACGUUCUCGAACCUGACCUCCUGUCCUCGGCCUAUAACAACCACUCCCAACCCGACGUCUGUUCCUGACAUCUCUACACAAGGGUGCACAGGACCCCCUCCUCAGUACAACAACAGCACGUUUGACCACUGUACGGAACAGACGACAGGUGGCUGUAACUGCACAGUAGCGAAUCAGACGUGUCUCCAUGGAGACCGGCUGUUCUACACGUGUGACCACGGCACGGAUUUAGACUUCAUCAUCGUCUGCGACUAUAUGUAUGCCGACGAUCAAGGACACUACUACGGAUGGGUUGUGGACAAUGUCACACAAAAAUUUGAAGACUGUACAGGCUCCCCGGCGCCUAUGCAAGCAACGCCAGAACCACAGCCAACCGCCCCUCCCAUCCAGGCGUGUAUCAGACUUGUUGAAAGUGAGACGCAGCCCCACGAGACGACAGGUAUCCUGCAGGUGCAGUACAAUGACACCUGGGGGAGCGUGUGUCACACAGGCACCUGGACUAACCACCACCUGGCCAACAUUACAUGCAGACUACUCGAAUUUAACAGCUACGGGUCAUUUUGGGAAAUGGCAUUACCAAUAAAUAAUCGACCGCCGACUAUUUCUACCGACGCAUGGGAGGUUAACAUAGCCUACUGUUCCGGACAAGAACUCAGUCUGUGGGACUGUACACCAGCGCCAGACAAGUCCACCUGGUUAACGUACGCCGUGUUUGGAAGUACAGCGUGUCCCAGUACACUGACAAUAUCGUGCCAAGUAAGUUCGACCCUGCCUAACCUGACCUACUGUCCACCGACCACAACAACGCCAAAUCCUACCGUAUCUACAGACCACACAGAAGAACCAGACACAGAGUCAGCUAUGGCCUCCGGAAACGAACCUCCACCCAAUACAGGACUGUCUGGAGAUACAGUUAUUCCCAUCCUUGUUAUCGUGGGACUUCUACUUCUACUAUUAGUGGUCUGUCUGGUUGCCUGCAGCGGCUCUAAACGUAAUACAAGACGAGUGGCGAAGCAGCCUCCAAGACAGAGAGAGGCUGCAGAGUUAACAGGAAGUCAGCAAAGAGAACAGAGACAAGCUGCAGGGGUAAGAGCAGGUCAUCGAAUGGAACUAUCACCCAGAGACACCAAUUUCACGGACCAGGAACCUCAACACGAGAUUGAGACAUUAGCUGCACCUUCAGACGAUAGAAACCACAAUCAGUUGACACAUGACCCCGUCUCAACCACAGCAAGGCAAACAGAAACACCAACAGCUAUAGAGCCAGGGCCGUUUGAGGGGGAAUCCUCUAGGGCUAGGGCAGGUCCAACGGAGGGGCCAUCAGAGAGCGAACACAGACCGGCUAUUGACGAACGCCUUGUAGCACAACCAGAGAAACUGACAGAGACUGCCAUACACGUGUCAGAAGACACAGGGGGAGGCGACAUCGGUCAGUUUGUGGAGGAACCACCAGGAAAUCAUGUUGACCAACAAGAAGAAGCAACAGAGAAUUGUGAGACGGAAGCUCCAAACGCAACGACUAGUUCAACAGAGGAUUCGGUCAUAGAAGAGCAUCCAGAAGAAACGUCAAGCCCUACUGGAAGAUGCAGCAUCCUGCAUACACACACACACCGCGCGGCAUGGACGGAGUCAACAGACGGACCAACAGGGAGAGGCAACACUGACCAGCCUUCAGGAAGAGACUUCACUGGAAACACCGACAACAAUACAGUCGUUCAGAAUUACUUCAACCCAGUUAUUAAGACUCGGUUCAUUAAAGUCGUCGUCAAGACAUAUCACUUUACCGCCAAGAUGAGGAUAGAGUUCCUGGGAUGCGAUGACAACGACGACUGCCAGUCGAAUCCAUGUCAGAAUGGCGGCACAUGUGUGGACGGGCUGGACUCCUACUCAUGUAACUGUACUGACAGCUUUAGUGGAGACACCUGUGAAGAAAAGUUGACUACAGUUGAGAUACCUACAACUGCCCCAGUUUCUACAACAACAUCCAUAACAACAGCCUCGCAGACGACUGGUCCACCUACACCUGACGCACCGACAUCCCAAGUGCCAACCACGACAAUGUCGACUAACAUUCCCACGACUCUCGACCUCCCAACAACCAGACCUGGCACCGCAUCCAAAACAACCAGCGUGCCAUUGUUGGUGGGAUCUGUGUUGGACUUAUCGUCAUAG